AUGGCGUCGUACGAAACAGCAUUCUGGGGGCGGCUGUUUGCAGUGAUGCAGGGAGAGAUGCCCCUGGAUUCUCCGACUAGUGACUAUGACUGCCAAGAGGAGUUGAAGCCUACCUGCAACAUGCUUUGCGAUGGAGCAGAUGACAUGGUGCAGAGCCAUAAUACAGAAAACAGUUCAUCAAACAUGACAGAUGUCCGCUGCUCUGACCAUUUGGAAUGGAAGCAGGAAGAACUCGAAGAGGAAGAUGACAAAGAAGUGAAGGAAGAAACAGGAGAUCCAGAAGAGCCUUCCUUUUGCGAUUUGAUCGCCUCGUUUUCCGCGGACAUCGAUACGUUUGCGGAGAAUGUUGAUGACUUGGAGAAUUUAUCAGAGAACAUUCAGUGCAUCAUGCGAAACAUUGUGAAUGGUGAUGGACGUCCAGUCGGAGCAUGGAAGGACAUUUGCUAG